ACAUUUCUAAGCAGUCAGAAUUUGAAAGAAAAAUAAUAGCAGACUGCAAAUCUGUUCUGCUCAAUAACGUGACCAUAUAGGUUAAAAAAACUGUACUGGUAAGCAUUCAUUUCACUCUCUGAUUCCUUUCUUUGAAUUAAUUUUGAAUAUAACACCUAAGGAAGUUUUCAUAGCCUAUACAGGUAAUAUCUUCCUUGGAAAAUAAUGUCUUUCUGUGUUAAUAAAGACAGAGUGCUGUUAUCUCUCCAAAGCACAUACACUGUUGUCCUGAGUCAUACUGAAGUAGCAUAGGUGAAGCAUCUUUGUCUACUUAAACAGGAACAUCCUGCAGCUUGCAAUGGAAUUGAUGUAGUGACCGUAGUUAGUCAAACAGAUCAAACUUCAUCAAGUUGCUGUUCUGGGGGACAUGUUAGCAUGAGGGGUGCUAUACCGAGACUGGUUGUCACAGACCAAAUAGGAUUAAGCCUAGCCAGACUCAAAGGGCACAGGAAGCCAGAGUCUGUCUGUAAACACUGCUUGAGCUGCUUAUUUCUGUAGGAUGUUUAUAGUCUCUUCCAUGUCUCAAAAGCAGCAUGAAAUCAAGCACGACAAAUGUUUUGACUGGAAUUUCAACAAGUAGGCAACAGAGUGGAGGAGUCAACUAGAAAGGAAAUGGGAGAUAAUGAACAGCGUGGUGACUUGCUGUAGAUGCCCCUGGAAAUGAAGGUAGGUAAAUAAUGUUUGAUCCAAUACAGAAGAGGGAACUAAGAGAAUUCCUCAAAUAGAGAAGUGAUGUGGUUAGAGUAAUGAUCUGUGUAAACAACCUUGGGUUGCAGUUUCAGAGUUGUUAAUUCCAAGACUGCAGAGCCCAGUCUCUCAGCAGCACUAAAUUGAUCUGGAUGAGGUAUGGCCAUGAUGUCACAUUGCUUUCAUAUUAGCGUCUGUCCAUGCUACAGAAUUUUUGUUCUGCCUCUGGAAGGACUGACGAUAACUGAUGAGGGUUUACUGUCUGCUGGUACAAAGUUAUCCCUUCAACAUUUUUCCUGAAUAAAAUUGAAUUGGGAAAAUCAGUUAAAUUGCAUUAGUUGUUUCCAUUUGAUGGCUGUGGUGUAUUUGAUCAUUAAUAGGAGGCCUACAGUCAGCUUUGCUCUGUUGUCAGACUGUGACAUUUCCAGUGGUCAGUGGCUGUUGUGUUAGGAGCUGUGUUGGUUAAUGCUGGGGGGAAUAUUAGGGCAGUCUUUGUAUAUCAGCAAGAGAACAAGGGUCUUAGCUGCAAAGAUGGAUCAAAGGGCUGUUUUGGAGCUGCUACAUAUACCCUGGGUGCUAGGAUCUACAAAUCAUUUCAGUCAGACCUGACAGUUGACAAACAAGCUUCAGUGGCAGGUAAACUGGUGGUGCUAUCCACAGAUACUCACAAAGAAGAUAAUGAGAGGGUUUUAGGGAAGAGUUCUUACUCUGCUGAGCUCUAAUUUCCUGCUAGUCAUUCACAGAAGAGAGAAGACUAUGUUUUGAGUUUGGAUAGGGGGAGGUAUCUGAUCUGAAAUACAAAUAAAUUAAUAUCUCUCUGCAGUUGAUUUAUGGAUCUGCUCCUUUCCCAGAGCUGACUCAAAGAUAAUGUAGGAGGGUAACAGAAGACCAAGGAUACAGCUCUCUGAGAGUCUGUCAAAAACUAGGAAGGAAGUCUUAAAUAGUGAAAAUUUGGUGGCUUCUGGGCUUUUCUCCUUUUGCUUACUUUCAUGGACCAGAAAGGCCAUGAUGGAAGCCCACAAUGCCAUUUUGAGAGGGUGAGGUGAAGGAGGAGAAAGGGAAAUAAGAAAUGGCCAAGCAAACAGCCGUGACGAUUACUUUGGCGACCCUGCUGGGUGUUGCACUGGGGGGCCUGGUUUUGUGGAAAGCCUCCCAGUGUCGGAAAGGAAAAACACGCUGUAGUAAUCGGCAAGAGCAAGCAGCAGUAAAGUCAGGAGAAGAGAAACUCAUUAAGGCAGAGGAUAAGAAGGUGCUUUCCUUCUUCAGAUCUCCCACCUUUUUCUGGGUAGAGGGGACCCUUGGUGCAGACAUAGUGAUGGUUUCAGAGCAGGAGGAGUGGGAUCAUGUAGAACCAUUGCUGAAGAAGGAGCUGGAGAAGUGGCCGGUUCUUGGAAUUGAUUGUGAGUGGGUAUCUGUGGCUGGAAAAGCAAAUCCUGUAUCCCUGUUACAGAUGGCUUCUUCCAGUGGCCUCUGCAUUCUUGUUCGGUUGCCCAGGCUUGUUGCCAGUGGCCAGACUCUUCCGAAGACGCUGUUGGACAUCAUGGCAGAUAGUGCUGUGUUGAAAGUUGGGGUAGGAUGCUGGGAAGAUGCUUGCAAAUUGCUUCAUGAUUAUGGUCUUCCAGUCAAAGGGAGCAUGGACCUCCGGUAUUUAGCCAUGAGACAGCGGAAGGAUCUACUUCACAACUGCCUUAGCCUCAAGUCUUUAGCUGAAAAAGUACUGAACUUCCCACUUGACAAGUCUCCUCAUGUGCGUUGCAGCAACUGGGAAGCAGAAGAACUGACACAAGAUCAGAUUCUGUAUGCUGCUAGGGAUGCCCAGGUCUCAGUGGCUUUGUUCUUCCACUUGCUGGGAUUUACCAGCCUCCCUGCUACAUCUGAAGGUGAAAACUCUGUCUCUGCUUGGGAGAAAGCACGGGGUAAAUGCCAGGGCUUGAUGGAUAUCCCAUUUAGAGGAAGAAAGAGUGGCAGCACAGGAGGUGAGAAGAGUGGAGAGGGACGUUCCCCUCAGAAAACAAAGAAUCGAAAAUCUUGGGUGAAUGGCCAGCCCUCUGGCAAUCAGCAAAUGAGAGAUCCACGGAGGCAGAAGCGAAAGCCUCUGGGUGUGGGAUAUUCUGCACGAAAAUCUCCACUGUAUGACAACUGCUUCCUGCAUGCACCAGAUGGACAGCCCCUGUGCACUUGUGAUCGCAAAAAGGCUCAGUGGUAUUUGGACAAGGGGAUUGGAGAGCUAGUUAGCACAGACCCUUUUGUUGUGAAGCUGCGGUUUGAGCCUUCAGGACGUCCUGAGUCUCAAGUUGAUUAUUAUCUGACAAUCAAAGAAAACCUCUGCGUUGUGUGUGGCAAGCGGGAAUCCUAUAUCCGGAAGAAUGUUGUUCCUCACGAAUACCGAAGGCACUUCCCCAUCCAGAUGAAGGACCACAACUCGCAUGAUGUGCUCCUGCUCUGCACAUCCUGCCAUGCCAUCUCCAAUUACUAUGACAACCACCUGAAGCAGCAGCUGGCCCAGGAGUUUGGGGCUCCCAUCGGCUCUGAGGAAGGCGUGCGUCUCCUGGAGGACCCUCUGCGCAGGCAAGUGCGCUCAGGGGCGCGAGCCCUGCUGAAUGCAGACAGCCUGCCUGACCCUCGGAGGGCGGAGCUGCUGCAAAGCAUCAAGGACUUCUAUAACACAGACACAAUCACUCCAGAGAUGCUCCAGGCAGCAGCUGGUCUGGAAACCAGGAUCUGCAAUGAGAGCUACGUGCCACAUGGACUGAAGGUGGUGCAGUGUUGUGCUAAAGGAGGCCUGCGCUCUCUUAUGCAGCUGGAAAGACGCUGGCGGCAGCAUUUCUUGGACAGCAUGAAGCCCAAACACCUCCCAGAGCAAUGGUCAGUGGACCAUAACCAUGUGAAGUUGAUCCAAAAGUAUGGGGAGGAUCUUCAGAUCAAGCUGUCAUGAAACUAACUUCCUGGACUCUGGAUUGUGUCUAAUGGAAAUAUGUGACUGAAGAUGGAAAGACUGUUUUUAUUUCUAGUCUUCACUAACACUUGGGGCCUGGGUUUGCAAAAAGGCAGCAGUAGAUCUUCCAAAUUUGCCAGUUAGAAUUAAAUUUGACAGUUUAGAGACUUAAAUCCAUUCAGGUGCAUUCAGGUGGUUUGGAAGUUUAAUCUUAAUCUGUCACUUAGCAGUUCAGUGCAAGAGUGAUAUGAUAAAGGAACUUGUCUGGUCAAAGUGAUUAUGAAGAAUAAUUUUCUAGCACACAGGAUGUCUGAUGUCUCCAGGCCAUCUAAUAGAGUGAGUCCAGAGGAAGGCAACAAAAGCACAAUACAUGAAUGUUUCUAGAUUUUCUGACAUACUUUUGUGCCCUUGUCUUUACCUUGAGAGUCUUUACAUUGAGGGUCUUCUUGAUAAAAAUAUUUGUUUUCAGUGCAGUUGUACUCAUAAGAGUUCUUCCUAGAGAAGACUCCCUGCCAGAGGGAGAUUCCUUGUUUGGAAGAAGCAAACCAACCCUAUUUUUUUACAGAUUCUGAGCUGUCUCAGCUCAGAUAGGCGUAGCAAGUUUCCUGGUGACCAGUGCCUGAUGAGAAGUGUGCUCAUACAUACAGGGCUGUUAGAGAGGCGGGGUGGCAUAACUCCUGACUUAGUGUUGGAAUGGAAGUGUCUUGGUUUGAAAAGACAGGUAUCUGCUAAGGAAGGCAGGAGCCUCUCGAAAUGGAAAAUGUAAACC